AUGCUCACUCCUUCUGGCCCCCAUCAGAAGCUGCGCAGCAGCAUUCUGGACAAGCUGAAGGUGCUUAAGGGAGGAUUGACUAACUCCAAGGAUAGUGAAGGCCAUGCAAGCUUCCAGGAUGCCCGGUCCGAGGGGAUACGGCACUCGGAUCAGAGGCAUGACACCAAGAUUCCUCAUCCAAGCACUAUCUUACACGGGGUUGAGGUUACUCCUGACCAGCAGCCAGUAGAACCACCCCAGUCAAAACCUGAUCCACCAGCUGUGACCACACUGCUGAGCUGCACAACAAAUCAAGCUCGUCUGACUGUGAGUCCCAGCAGCUCUCAGUUCUUUGAAGGAGACUCUGUGACUCUGAGCUGUGAGGAGGACGACAGCUCUGCUGGAUGGACUCUGAGGAGAAACACAAGCAAACAACAGAGGACUCAGUGUGGAGUUCGAUGGGGAGUACCAGCUGAUUCUUCCUGUUCCAUCAGCUACGUCUUUCCACUGGACAGUGGAGUUUACUGGUGUGAGUCCAGAGAGGGUGCCAUCAGUAACAUGGUUAACCUCACAGUCUCUGGUGGAUCAGUGAUCCUGCAGAGUCCUGUCCUCCCUGUGAUGGAGGGAGAUGACGUCACUCUGCUCUGUCAAACAAAGACCACUCCCUCCAACCUCCCAGCUGCCUUCAUCAAAGAUGGCGUCUUCAUUGGGAAAGAGACUACAGGUCACAUGACCAUCCACCAUAUUUCCAGGUCUGAUGAAGGCCUCUACAAGUGUGACAUCAGCGGUCAUGGAGAGUCUCCAUCCAGCUGGAUCACUGUCACAGUUUCAGACGAGCCUACAUCUGGAGCUCCACCCUCUGCAUCAACACAGCUCAUACUGACCCUGGUGCGCUACCUGGUGGUGUUCUGCCCGUACUUCAUCUCCACUCUCCUCAUGAUGUCUUUGUAUCAAUGCAAAGCCACAGGAAAAGUGACGACCCCACCCACAGAGUCUUAACAGCGACUGGACGAGGAGAUUGAUGAUGUCACCAAAGAGCAUCACUCAUGAACUGAACCAGAGUCAGUGUCACGUGUCCCUCAGUUUUUUUCACUUUUCUUUUGUUGACACAUUUUCAGAGCAAGUUCACAGGAAAGCUUCCUCUGCUCUCACCGACCCCUCAGCUCUGAAUGACCCAGCAGAGUGGCUGCAGAUUUUAUUCAGAUUUUAAUUUGUGGAGGUCACAAAAUACUGACAAACCUAUUAACCAGUGA